AUGUCUCGAUCCAAGGCCCCUCUUGCUAUUGGCCUCGCUGCGGCGGGCGGGAUCGGCUAUUACCUCUACUCGGCCGGCGGUUCCCCCCGUGCGGCUGAGAAACAGUUUGAGAGCGAUGCGCACCAUGUAGCAGCCAAGAUCAAGGGCGAGCUGCCACAGCAUGGAACCGAGAGUGAAUACACUGGGCGGAAGGUUGGUCAGGAGAUCGGUAGCAAGAUUGAUGGAGCAGUCAACAGCAUUAACCGCGACAUUUCUAAAUCUAAGAGCGAGGCCGAGUCGUACGCCAAGGCAGCCAAGGCCGACACACUCAAAAAGAUUGACGAAUUUGACCGCAAGGUUGAGGAUGGUGCUGCAAAGAGCAAGAGCUACCUGUCCUCGUGGUUUGGCAGUAAAUAA